AGCAUGUGUUAAUACACAUAAGGAUUUUAAAUUCAAGGAAAUUCGAACAAAAAAUCGACCAGUUUUCAAAUACGAUUAUUUUGCUCUCAGCUACCCACCAUGUUGGCAUUAAGGAUUUUAUCCUUGAUAGUUCUCUUUAGUUUAUUGUGUUAUGCCAAAGAGACUUGGCUAAGGCCCGGUUGCCACAAGGUGGGCAAUACACGGAAAAUUUCCAUACCCGAUUGUGUUGAAUUUCUGAUAACUACAAACGCUUGUCGAGGAUUUUGCGAAUCGUAUGCAGUGCCAUCUAUGCCUUGGGGUAAUACUGGAGGAACAUUUAGAUCACCAAAACCGGUUGUAUCUGUGGGACAAUGUUGUAACAUGAUGGAAUCAAAGGAAGUACAAAAACGUGUGCUUUGCAUGGAUGGCUGGCGUAAUGUAACCUUUCAAUCGGCACUUUCCUGCAGUUGUUACCAUUGCAAAAAGGAUUAAAUUUGAAACCCAACUGGAAUCUCGUGAUGGCGUGAUGUGUAAAUACUUGUAAAAAAAUAUAAUGUUAGAUGAGCCAUUAAGUUUUAAUCAGUUAUUAUUAUUGUAUGAAGAAAACAAAAACAAAUUGCAUAUAAGACGAUUGUAAUGAAUAAAAUUGCAAAAUUUUCGCUGUAUAAUCUCUUGGA